CAGUACGUAAACUGUUGUUCAAAUGAAGUUCAAAUUUUGGGUUAACAAUGAAAAAUAAUAAAUUUUUGUUUGUGACAGCACUACUGUAAUCAAAUAAACAUGGAUCACAACGCUUCCUCGGCACAAAAAGUUAAUCGUAAUGGGCUUUCAGCAGCAGAAUUUCAAAGAAGACUUUAUAACUGGUUUGAAAAUCAAGGCCUCCUAGAUGAAUUGCGGACACAUCUCCGGCAACAGAUGACUACAGCACUGAGAGUAACAUCUCUGCGCCCUAGUCCUUCGAGACACUUAAAAUCGAGGCUGUCACCAAAGAUUCAAGCCAUCAACAUGUUGGUAGCAGAAUUCUUAUUACAGCAGAAUCAUCAUUAUACGUUAUCCGUUUUCACAAGUGAAGUACCGCUACUGCGGAGUAUGCCAGAAUUUAAAAAAUCUAGAAUCCAGAUUUCUGCUGGAACUGACACAGUUGGUGAAAGCAUCCCUCAUUUCCAUCACCAGGAUGUUAAAGACAUCAUGGAGAUUUUGGGGUUGCCUUUGGAUACGGAAUUGGGCAACGGAAUCUACCAUCAAUAUCGGGAUAAUUCAGAAAAUGUAGCAUUACUUACAUGUAUUCUGCAGAAUACUUUACGGGCCCUGAACAGCAAGUCUCAUACUGGAGGAAACACUUUCCCAGAUCUCAAUGGGACAGGCCCCAUUAAAGGCAACGAAAAUAAUGUAAAAUCUAAAGAUGAGGAUUCAAACAAAGAAAGCAGUUCCACAAAACGGUUGGCAGAUCUGUACAAUGCAGAAAUGCAAGAAGUGUUAUAUCAGUCACGACUGAAAUCACAACACAUAAAACAGUUGCAGGAGGAAAUACGAAGAUUUCAGGAUUGUGAGGUGGAAAGGAUACGGAAAGAAGAGGAGGCGAAAUACAAGAAAGAGUUAGUGGGAAGGGAGUCUCAGAUUCAAGCAGAUGCAUGCCGCCGUGAAGAGGAGAUUACGCGGAAGCUUAAGGAUGCUGAGGAUAGAUUGGCGAGACAGAGACAAGAUCUUGAUGAUGAUUUACAAGUUAAAGAAAAACAGUUAUCAGAACUGGCAACACAGCUGCAGGACCAGCGUUCAGAGGUUGCUCUUAAGCUACAGCAAGUGGAGGAACGUGCAGAAGAAUUGAAGUGUCGAGAGAGCACAAUAGAAGAAAUGAAAAAGAAAGAAGCUGCCCUUUUGGCACAGAAGAACGAGUUGGAUAUACGAGAGCAGAAGCUGCAUCGAGAAUUUGAACGGUUAAAUUCUGAACGUGAAACGUUGAGUUACAUGCAACGCACAGUUGAGGAGAAUCGCUUGCAGCUGAUAGAAGCGUCACAGUCACUAGUUCACUCCCAGUCGCAGACAUCCUUUCUGCAUGACCUCCAGCAACAGUGUGCACACCUGCGUUUUGAAUUGGAUGCUACUCGACUCAAGCUGGACAACUUGACAGAACAACAGUCUCAGAAGGCAUCACACCAAGAGAUUUCUCUCCAUCACAGACGUUCAGUGAAAAUGAUGGAUAAAGGUGUCCAGACAGUAUUGCGUCUGCUUGCAGAUGAUGUGGCAACAGCAGGACGAGAAAGAGUUCAGGAUCAGAACAGGGCAUUGGAACUGGAAGUCACACCGUCUGAGCAGCAGCAGAUGGAUAUGUUACCCUGGGUGCAGCAGGAAAAUCAGGAACUGCGAAGACACACACAACAACAAUGCCUCCGUAUUGACGAGCUUACCAGCCAUGCAGCUGAGCUGGCAAAUGAGCUAGAAGAUGCUCGUACAGCCAUAACUCACCUUUCAAAGCACCUAUCUGCUGAAACUGGUCCUUUACACUCCCAGAUACCAAUGCUCAUACCUCCAGGUUCCAGCACUGUCACUGUUCCACCUUUCAUAACCCCCCUUCCUCCACCACCACCUCCACUGCCACCUCACAGUUCUCAUGAUAUCUUGCGGACAGUACGGUCCCAUCAGGUUGAUGCAGGAGAGGAACUCACUUAUGUCCAACCUCCGCCAACAUCACAACCAGUUACUCAAUUUUCUCCAUCUUCCUCACAACAUUCUAGCCUCCACCAUCACAGAGUGGGGCAUAAGAAGCAUCCACGACGUCUCAUGGCACACAAUAACACAACCAGCUCAGAUGAAACCAGUCCUACUGAAGAAAUUCUUCAAGAAGCUAGGCGUAGACUUCAUAGGCUUGAAGAGGAAAGUAAAGCAGUUGAUCGUAGCUACCGGGCUUUCCAACUGAGACACUAUGAAAGCUCCCAUCCUAUUUUGCAGUCUACUCAUGUCCAACAACAGAACAGUAACUUAGGUUACAGAAGUUUCAUGCCAAGGCGAUCCACACAUUCAUCUGCAACAGGAGGUGGUCAGAACAUCAGGAACCCAUUUAUUUUCAGAAAAACCAGUUAUGAUGAUACACCCAUAUUUACUCAGCGUGUUCGAACAUUAUUUAACCCUAUCUUUCCUCGUAACAUUUUAGCAUUUAGCUCUCCGCUAUUCCGAAAGGAAAGAAUUCCACCAUUUCAGUAUACAAGUAGAACUCAGAAUCAGCAACUUCAAACCCCUGGAUCUGUUGAUAAUACUGCUACCAUUAUUUCAGACAGAUUGACACAGAAGUCUGAACCAUGUGGCACAGGUAGUGAAAUUACUGCGUCUAGUAGAUAUGUACUUAGUACUCCAAUGCCUCAAACAGAUUUCAGACGCACACUACAGUCUCAACCGUCAAUUAGCAGUGAUGUUCAGGGUAGAAGAGUACAUGAGCAAAAGGUUAAGACAGAUUUUACAAACAGCAACAUAGACAGGAGAGGCAGUUUAUCACAUACUAAAUUACUGGAUACCUGCAUUUCUGCAUCUCUUGUGCCACAGCUUCACAACCCACUUCAAGCAAAAAAUGUAUCAUUUGGUAAUUCUCUAAAGACCAUCACUACCUAUAACAAUCCCAAAGUUUCUUCUGUGACAGAGAAUGCAGCAAAUCCAAACUGUUCUCAGAGAGAGUUAAAUGACAUAGCAGCAAGGGCUGUUUACUGUACGUCAAUUGAUAAUACUGAAAUACUUCAGAAAAUGGGUCCAGUAACUAAGCCUGUAUCUAUUGCACAAGGCUUCUCCAGAAGUGACAGUUUGGGCAGAGAGUCUCUCUUUAAAGAAACUGAUAAAGUACCUUCAUAUGUAGCAGAUUCUUCAACAAGCAGUGGACAAGAUGAUGACAGUUUCCCUUUACGGUAUCAGAAAAAUAGUUUUGUUAGAGACAGCCAUGAUCAUAAUGGAAAAAGCAAUGAAACAAGUAUAGUACCUGAAGACAACAUUUUGAAAGCACGACGUAAAUCAUUCUUGUAUGUUUCGCCAUCCUUGGGAUCUGAAUUGAUACUAAAGGAGACCAGAUCUUCUGGUAAAACUUCUUUGAAAGAAAGUAUGGAAAAUACUGAGGUACAAUUAGAGAAGCUGCUACCUGUAAGUGAUGCAUCCAGAUCACACAUUUCUGUCCUGGGUGCCUCAUCUAGUCAUGAGACAGGUUCAUAUGUAUCGAGUAGAACCACUUUAAGUUCCGGAAGUUUAACCAGAGAAACUGAGUCACAGCCAGUGCUGUCUGCAUCUAUUGUUUCCAGUACUACCCUUCCUAGUGACAACAAAGAUCGUAGCUUCGAACAUGACUCAAACAUUGAGACCUCUGUUCCACAUAACUUGGGCGAUGAAAAGAUCUCAAAUAAACAAAUGUUAAAUUCUAAUGCUGGUACUGUCCCAAUACAGGAGGGAGAUGAGCCAUCAGAAAUGUCAGAGACAGGUACCCAAAUGACUGUACAAAAUAAAGAAAUUGACACUGUUAAGAACAUUGAUACGAUCACAUCAUGUAGUCAGGAUGUUAGAGAAAAUGAAGACAAAGAUCAUGAAAUUGGUAAAGAUGUUAUGCAUUUGGCUGAGCAUAUUUUAGCUGCAGAAAGCAAUGAUGGAGGUAAUUCUGCAUUAAUUGUACCAGGUAGAAUGGAUGAAAGCAAAAUAAAUGAUCAGGGGAAAGCACAAGUUGUGGCUGAAGAAAACCAGACAGUAAUUGAAGAUGAACUGUCCAGGUCUGUUCCAGAAGGCAGUCAAUUACCAUGUGAUUUUGCAAAUCCACCUGAAGAAUUAGUUAAGGACCAGAAAUUAACCUCUUCUCCUAAGACAGAGUCUAUUACAGAGUUCAGUGAUCAGGCAAUAUCAGUUGGAGAACAGAGUAAAAGAGAUGACUCAAGUAAAGAUGAUUUUUGCAAUAUUGAUGCUGAUUCUAUUUUUUGGCAGUGGUGCCAUGUGAGAGAGUGCUGUGUUGCAAGUGUUUCAGAGGAACCUAUUGCCUCAAUCUUCAGGGCUGAAUUGUUGGCUUUGUGGUUGCUGAAGCAGUCAAUUCUUACAGACUUCAGUGUACCAGACAUUCACACAAAAAUGUCUCAACUCAGCAAAGAGGAUCUUGAAGAUCUUCUUCGUCCUCAACUUGGAAAUGACUUGGUGGUAAAAUUCUUUACAUCACAACCUCUGACUCAGGCAGGAGACAAUUAUGGGAGUAUCAUGCUGGCAAUUGAAGCUACAGUUGUACAGGGAGCAGACGGAACAUCAAAUCAAAACUUGUCUCUAGUAGCCAAGUUAGUGCCACCAUCUGGAUUUCUUUGGAGAAUAUUUGAUCCACCAAAUACAGUUUGCAAAGAAAUAAACUGUUACAUGUUAGUGAAGGAGGAAUAUAAGAAGUUGCAGGAUGAAAACUGUAUCCCUGAGGAUAAAUUUCUUGAUGUAUUUCCCAGGUGCUAUGGUGCACGCACAACAUUAUCAAAGAAAAUUGGAGACAAGGCUGAUAAAAAUGCAGCAAUUCUUCUAGAGAACUUGAAAACAGCAAAUUAUCGUUUAGGAGAUCGGAGAAUGGGGCUUGAUUUGAAACAUGUACAGUUAGCUGUGUCUCAGCUUGCACGUUUCCAUGCGCUUUCUGUGGCACUCAAGAUACUGAAGCCUCAAGUGUUUAAAAAUACAGUUCUGAAAGCUUGUAAACCUCAAAAUGCAGGCUUUACUGAGGCAGAGUUAUUAGCUAAUGUACCAAAAAUGUUGGAAAUUAUCAAGACAAUUCCGGGAUGCGACAUCUAUCUUGACAAUUUACAAAAGGCUGCAGAAUUACAAAUUAAGACAAACCUUGAUGAAUCACUGUUACCACCGCGAGAACCAUAUGCAACACUCACUCAUACAGACUUCUGGGUUAACAACAUGAUGUUCUGUUACGAGAAGAAUGGAAAUGUUCCUGUUCGCGUUAAAUUUUUGGAUUUCCAGAUAGUCAAAUAUUCAUCUCCAGUAAGGGAUUUGAUAUUUUUCCUGUACACUAGCACAGCUGAGGGUAUCAGGAGUGAAAACCAAGAAGAUCUUAUUCGUCUUUAUCACGAGAACUUUACCGACUGUCUCAAGGCUGUGGGUUGUGACAUCAGCCCCUUUACCUACCAGUCACUGUUGGAUGAAAUUGAUAUGUUUGCACCUGCAGAGGCAGAUCAUAUUUUAUAUAUGUUGUUGCCAAUUUGUGCUGACAAAGAAAGUGUACCUGAACUAUCUGGAGUUGACUUCGAGACAAUUUUUAGCAAACCCAGCGAUCUCUUCAAAACAAAAGCAAAGGAAUUUAUUAUUGACUUUGUAAAGAGAGGCUGGCUGUAGAAUGCAUUUAUACCAGACCAAGUAUACUGGAACAGUGUACAAUUAGGAAGCAAGCGAUGAUGGCUAUAUACAAGAGUAAAAUUUAGUUUGUUGGUCUUGAGGGUCUCACAGCAGUGAGUAUGGAAAAUACUAUCAUCUGGGAUAUAGUGCCAUGUAGUCUCAGAGUCAUUUUCAAAGAUCCUGUAACAUCUUGCUUGCCUGACUUAUUUUGAUAGAUUUACUCUUCAGUAGAGAUAAAACAACUUUCAACAGGCCCAAAAGUGAAAUCAUAUUGGGUCAAAUAGGCUUGCCCAUGUGGACAUUAUAUACUGUGAGUAACACAUACUCUUACAAUAAACAAAAUAUACCAUUAUUUUUCUCAGAACAGUACCAACUGCCACAGCUUAAAGCAGUUAUGACUUCUGCCUCAUAUUUGGAAACUAAGAUUACUGUCUUCCAGGAUAUGAUGUCAUGUACUUUGGCAGAUGGGUAACAAUGUUUAAGAACCUGCUGCUUACCUUCAGAAUAUAAGAGUAUGAUGUGUGGGGAAUAAUUAUAUGGAUAUGCAUGCUUCUUCAUUCUUUCCCCAUCUGAGUUUAUUCACACCUAUUGCUUUGCUCAUAGUCUUGGUUCCCAUCCUCUCUUCUCUAAUCACUUUUUCUAU